ACCAAUAUAGCUGCACACCACGUCACGCCCACGCCUCGCCUACGCCUCACCCACGCCUCGCCCGCGCCUCACCCACGCCUCGCCCACGCCUCACCCACGCCUCGUCCGCGCCUCACCCACGCCUCACCCACGCCUCGCCCACGCCUCACCCACGCCUCGCCCACGCCUCACCCACGCCUCGCCUCACCCACGCCUCGCCCACGCCUCACCCACGCCUCACCCACGCCUCGCCCACGCCUCACCCACGCCUCACCCACGCCUCGCCCACGCCUCACCCACGCCACUCACAAGCCUGGCCCUCUGCCCUUCUACACCAACAAAACCUUGAGGUACGAGUGA